AUGAGUGACGUGUUCGGACUGUGCGCAAUCCAAGUGCACGCCUGCUUGUGUGCAAGGUUGCCGGAGUCGCCGUCAUCACGGACGGAUCUUGCUUCGCCAUCGCAGCUUCUGCGGAAGUCGAACUCGCGCACCAUCUCCGCUGUUCAGGUGGUGGUCCGCUUUAGGCCCCCGGUCAUGGAUGAUGAGCAACAGGACUCCAUCUCCUUCUCCAUCCACCCGAACGGAAGAAGCGUCUCAUCGGCAGACAGUGCUUAUGUCUUUGACUUCAACAAAGCCUUUGGAGAGGCUGCAACGCAGGACGAUAUUUUCGAAGCUGUCGGCAAGCCGAUUGUCUCGGACGUGCUCAGCGGAUACAAUGGCACAAUUCUGGCGUAUGGACAGACGUCUUCCGGCAAGACGCACAGUAUGUACGGCCCCGGGAAUGUUGCAAUCGACAGUGUGCCGCCAGACUUACAAGGUAUCGUGCCAAAAGCCUCGCGCUUCGUGUUUGAUCACAUCGAAGCGAGUGUCGACUACGACACGGAGAUCACAUUGCGCUGCAGCUUCAUGGAGGUCUACAAGGAGAAGAUGCAAGAUCUACUUCGACCGAACAGUGAGAUGCUCCGUGUCAAGGAGCUGCCACAGCGCGGUCUUUUCGUGGAUGGCCUCUCGCGCGAAUAUGUGACGUGUGCUUCCGACGUCAUGGCCGUCAUCCGCGCAGGUCUGAGGACGCGAGCUGUUGGCCGCACGCGCUGCAACAACUACUCCUCGCGCUCUCAUGUUGUUUUUGUACUGCAUGUGGAGCAGCAGUCCCUGCAGGGGGAGGAGCGGUUGGGCAAGUUGACACUUGUCGACCUCGCAGGAAGUGAGAAAAUCUCCAAGAACGAAUGCGUCGGCGAGACAUUUGAGGAAGCCAAGAAGAUCAACUGGUCUCUGAGUGCACUUGGCAAAGUGAUCGAUGCUCUGGCAGAGCAACGCUCUCACGUUCCUUAUCGGGACUCCAAGCUCACGCGUGUCUUGCAGGAGGCGUUGGGUGGAAACUGUCGCACGACGCUGCUGGUGGCAGCUUCACCCUUUUCGCAGCAUGCCGAUGAGACACUUUCAUCGCUCCGGUUUGCCACGCGAGCUAAGAGUGUGCGGAACAUUGCGAAGGUGAACUACACCUACUCGCCGGAACAGCUUCUCGUCCUGGUUGGAAAACUGCACAAGCAGCUGCUGGGCGCAAACCAACACAUCAUUCAGCUCGGCGGCCUGCCACAGGAGGCUCCAACACACGAUGCCGACAAGUGUGCCACACUUGCCGCAACCAGCAGCACAAGAUCGCUGAGGAGGCCUUCCUCCGGCAAGAGCUUCUUCAUACCUGAAGAGGUCUCGUCUGUCCACGGCUCUGACAGCCUGAGGCCCGUCAGCAUCGAACUGUCGGAGCCAGAUCUGUCUCAGGCCGUUCCGGGAGUUCAAAAAGAGGACGAUGAAGAGGAGGACGUGGAGGCCAUGAGUUGGCAUCUCUACGAUGAGGUCUUCAAGCCCUUCGCGCUCUCAGCCCAGAAGGCUAUAGGUGCAAUGGAGGAUGCACUCCUCGCCCAAGAGCAGGCUUUGGCAGAGGUUCGACUCAGGCAUGCACAGCGCGAGGACGGCGCCGGCCACAACAGGCCGACUCCAAGCUAUAGCUCAAGCCAUCCGGGCCCAGGCUUGGAGGAAGAGAGCCGGGAAGCAAGUCUUCUUACGGAGCGCUUUCGCGCUCUGAGACAUGCAGUGGAGUCGCGCAGCCUCCGAUGGAGGCUGCAGGUCGAAAAGCAUCGUGCCGAGCAGCUGGUAAUCGAGCUGCAGAUGCGAGACAAGUUCCAGAAGGAGUUGGAGCAAAGCCUUGCCGAGGCACGAACACGCAUAGCCGAAGCGGAGGAGCUCAGUGCCAGGGCCAAGGCUUCAACAGCAAGCUCUGGAACCGGCACCACGCCUGCACCGCGAAGUCCUCCAGGAGGCUCCUCCGGAGGGAAUUCUGCUGCAUCGCGCAGAGAAAAGCCUCGCAUAGCGAGGCCAGUUCCAAGGACCAGGAGUACACGAGGAUCGCCUACGAGGUCGAAGACCAUGAGCUUGGACGUACCCAAAGAGGUACUGUCACCGCUCGUGUCGCCCAACGCUUCGCGAGUGCCGACACCUUCUGCAAGGGCAGAGGAUGUUUUGUGGGUUGCAGGCACCGGUGACACUGGGGGCGAAGCCUCGGGGAGUUCCACUCUGGAAAGCAGCUGCGAAACAGGUGCGCUUGCGAGCGUGAAUGUCGAUGCAAAGGCGCAAGGGGCGUCGCUGGACAUGGACGCCCGAGCAUCGAUGCAAUCGGAGGUGGUCCAGGCCGUGCAGAUCGACAUGAAGCAACAGCAGGCUUUGUUAGAGCGGCGUGCCUCGAAGCUUCGCGAUCUCAUCGGGGAGCUGCAGUCGAAGGACUUGCAGAUCUCGGCGCUUCGCCAUCAGAUACGAAUCAAAGAUGCCUUGCUGGGAUGUCUUCAGGAUGAGGAGCGGUUCCGCUUUGAGACUCUCGACUCCGAGCUAGAGGCACUUCUUGAGAAGGCGCUAUCUCCUUUGACAGCGAUCUUGACACGCGAGCAGACUGCUCGAACCGCUGUGGCGACACCUCGGCCAGUGGGACCGAGCCGCCAAUGA